AUGCUGCCAUUUGAAAGUAAUGCUCGGCUAUUGGAAGCGGAAACGAAGGAAAUCAAGCCAAAAGUGAUUAAUGAAAUGUUGAUACCAAGAUAUUCAACAACAGCACUGAUGUGUGAACCGGUAUUUACUGGUACUAACAAGCAAGCACAAUGGUAUCAUAACGGCGUAAUUGUUGCAAAUGUUUCAAGUACUUCAAACGCAGUGUUACACGAUUAUAGAUAUUAUACCGAACAAGCCAUUCCGGAUGUUGGCUUCCUUAUCAUUGCAAAUAUAUCUCUCGAGGAUGAAGGCGACUAUUGGUGUCGUCGAAUAGAUGACAGACGGGAAGGUGAAGUUGCUCGAGUUGUUGUUGCCUAUGUAAAUCCAUUUCCAAGUAAUUCUCGACCAACAUUUCAUCCAACUCUAGCACGCUUUGGACAACGCGUAACCAUUCAUUGCCCAAGAACUAAAGCUGUUCCACCACCAACUUAUACCUGGUUUUUGAACGGAGAAGCAGUUGAUUUAUCAACGAAACGAAUUAUUCAGAAUUCAAAUGGUUCACUUCAAAUUCAACAAUUCUUACGCCAAGAUGUUGGUGUUUAUGAAUGUGUCGUAAAAAAUUUUGCAGGCCGUACAAGUGCCAAAGGAUAUAUGGAUGCUAUUCCGCUUGCUUCUAGUGAUAUUUUUGAUGGUGCGAUUUUCACAAAUGCUUGUCAUAGUAUCUUCCGAAGCGGAUUAUUAUGGUUCUCAAUUGGUUGUUUGGCAACCAGUGGUGCUAUGCUAUCUUAUUUGAUAUGUGCAGUACUGCUUACACGGUCUAGUUAUCGAAGCAGGACAUUACUCUAUCCAAAUUCAUUCUUUCAAAUUCAUCCAAAUUUUGCACCGGGAUUCCGAAAAGUUAUUGCACCAGUUGCUGAUGUACAUCGUAAUCUCUGCACAAAUGUAUGUGAGCAGCAUAAUGUUUAG